AUGACGGGCGGCACGUACCAACCGCUGGCGCGCAGCUCGUCUGAUGACAUUCACUUCACACAUACACCGGCCUACCCCCCGUCCUCGCCUACGCCACCCCACUCGCAUGGCCGAGCUGGCCGAGGCGUGCUGCUGGUCGUUGCCCGAUGGGUGUUGAUGGGCCUGGGCGCGCUGUCCUUGGCCCAUUUCCUCCUGCUGGCGGUGCUCCCCAGCCAUGCCGGAGACAAGUACAGGUCCACUGUCGGUCUCGGCUCGUCGUCCAGUUCUGCGACAUCUUGGGCUUCGAGCGCCGAGGCCGCCGAUCUCGCACAGAAGCUCGCGCCUGGGUCGGGCCAGCCGGGCCUGUUCUUCCGCGACCCGGCACCUGGCCACAGCGCUGCGGCCUUCUGGAAGCUCGCCGAGCAGGAGAUCCGCGACUCGGGACGGGAUACGUGCAACGACCAGCUCGGCCGCGCCCUUGUGGACGCGUACGGCCGCAGCAAGACGCUGUACUGUUCCUCUGGCUCGGCGUCGGCGCCCUUUACGCUCGACGCGCUCAAGGCUGGAACCCACCACCACUGGGAGCCCAGCGAGCCCGUCCCGGAAGACGAGAGGCGGCAGGCGGCGCUCUGCAUGCCCGUCCACCGCGACGACGUCAGCAAGUGGUGGCCCUUUGCUGCGUCGCCAUGUGUCUCGACCAACCUCCGUCCAGGCAAGAGCAAGGGCAAGUUUACCGGCGAAGGAGUGGAUGUCUCCGCCGCGCAGUGUAAGGUCACCGAGGACGGCGAGCGGCUCAAGCACGAGAUGGGCCACGAGGUGUUCCUCGGCAGCGUGAUCAAUCCCGCAGACGAGGACGAAGGGGAGUGUUCAGAACGCAUCGAGCACACCCUCGUCCUCAUCCACAGGCAGGACCAGUGGAACCCAUUCCACGUCGCAGAGGACCUGAUCACCACACUGGUCACUCUCUUCAUCGCCGACGCGGCCGUACCCGGCAUCCAGAAGGAGCGCCUGCAGCUGGUCUUCACCGAUAACUAUGCCAUGGACGGAAACCACUUUACGGCCCUGUACGACCGUAUGGGCGCGUGGGCACCCCGUCGACUCCAGCUCGACCCGUGGACGGAGGGCACUUGCUUCACCAACGUCAUCCACUCGGUUGGCGCCGGCGCGUCGCUCCUCUCCGCCAUGGGCGUGGGCAAAAGUAACCGGUGCGCGUCCUCCAUCACGUGGGCUGCAGCACACUACUACCGCCACCUGUUCGGUCUCCUCCCGCGCUCCUUGCGCAAGCAGGCGGCGGAGACAGCGACCGAGGUCAGCGAGCCUCUGCAGUCGGCAUCAGCCGCUGACGAGGACGACUCUGCUGUCCCCGACGUUGAAAAGCGCGCGGCACGGACCAACCCCGUGAACAUUCUCUGGCUGUCGCGCGCCAAGCUGGACGCGUACGCCCAGGCGCACAACGACUGGUCGCCGUGGCGCGACGUGCGCAAGCUGCACAACGAAAAGGAGGUGCUCGCGCGCGUCCGUCUUGGUUUGGAGGAGAUGUGUGCCGCGGGACCCUCGGACGCCUUCCCCAACGGGUGCGUGUACGAGGACGCGCAGGACGUGCCCGAGACAUGGCCCAACGACGCCGCCCACGCCUCGGGCCCCGUCCCUGUCCGCUUCGCCACGCUCGACCCGACGGUGCACGCGCUCGAGACCCAGGUGCAUUUCCUGGGCCACACGAGCGUGCUGGUCGGCCAGCACGGUGGGGCCAUGGGACUCGGCCUGUUCCUGCCCCCCGGCGAGGGCGCGCUCAUCGAGCUGCAGGUCCAUGAAGUGUCGGGCAACUUUCACUUUGAGCACAUUGCCUUCCAGACCGGCCACGUGUAUGAGCCUGUGCGGAUAGAGCAGACGGUCGACGUGGACGCUGUGUGGGAUGUCGUGCGGAGGCAUGUGGAGGAGGAGGCCAAGAAGGUGUAUUGA